AUGGAGAAAAAAAAUAAUUCAAUACCACCGCAACUAUCCUUACCGUUACCACAAUUUAAUUUAAAGGAAAGCACAUUAUUUCAUUUAAAUGAUAAUGACAAUAAUGAUAACUAUAAUACUAUAACAUCUAUUCCCAGCUACAAUACCCAAGAAGCGAACAACAGCUAUAGGUUUAAUGAGGAUAUCAAGGAAUUUAGAUCUUCUACAGGUAAAGUGAUCUCACUCAUUAAAAAAAGUCAAAAUUGUUAUGAUAGCAACAAUAAUACUUUACACUUGCAUAGUAUCACUUGGAAAGAUGAUAAAUCUUAUGGAAUUAAUAUAAAUUAUUUAUUAGAUAAAAUAGCGGCCAAGACUGAAAAAAAAAUUUCUACUAUCGCUGGACACAAUAAUAAUCGGUACACCGUAACUAAAUUGAACAGUAAUGCAAAGAAUAAUAAAAAUAAGCUGUGGGUGGAAAAAUGGCGCCCAAAAAAGUUUUUGGAUCUUGUUGGGAACGACAAAACAAACAGGAGAAUUUUAGGAUGGUUAAGAAAAUGGUCAUAUGCAGUUUUUAAGGAGGAUUUAGAAAUACCACCUUUUCAGAAAGCACUUCUUGAAAGAAAUUCUCAACAAUCACGAGAUGACCCGGAAGAUUUGUUUCGUAGGCCUAAGAAAAAGAUUCUGUUAAUUCAUGGUCCCCCUGGAAUUGGUAAAACAUCUGUUGUACAUGUGGUUGCCAAACAAGCAGGCUAUUCUGUAGCAGAAAUUAAUGCUAGUGAUGAAAGAUCAGGCUCAAUGAUGAAACAUAAAAUCCAGAAUACUCUUUUUAAUCAUACAUUUAAUGAAAAGCCUUUAUGUCUAAUUGCAGAUGAAAUUGAUGGUGCAAUGGAAAAUGGGUUUAUUAAGGUACUACUGGAUAUACUACAAAAUGAUAUCAAAGCGACGAAGAAGGCAAGUUUUAAUAAAGGGAAUAGUUUUGCAGUUCAACGAAAGAAAUCAAAAGGUAAAGAAGGGAAAAACUUAAAAACUUCAAAAGUUUUGCUACGUCCCAUUAUUGCGAUUUGUAAUAACUUGUAUGCUCCAGCAUUAGAAAGGCUUAGACCAUUUUGUGAGAUAAUCUCAGUAAAAAGACCACCUGAAAGUGCGUUACAGGAAAGAUUACUCUAUAUUUGUGAGAAAGAACAUAUUAAUUUUGAUACAAAAACUUUAAAAAAUCUCAUUGAUCUAGCAGAAGGUGAUAUAAGAAAUUGUAUUAAUAAUUUACAAUUUAUGUCUACUAAUUUGGCAAAUCAACAUACAAUUAAUAACGGAGUAAACAUAGUAGGAGAGUCGAGUCAAAAAGAUACAACGUUAUUAUGGUUUAAACUAGUUAAUAGGGUUUUUAAGAAAGAUCCAUAUAAGGAAUCCAAAAUCCAGCUUAAUGAACUGUUAUCUGGAAUUGAACAAAAUGGAAAUUAUGAAAAAAUUAUUCAAGGUUGUUUCAAUUCAUAUCCAUUUGUGAAGUAUACGGAUAGUGGUGUCACAAAACCUGCAGAGCUAUCUGACUGGUUAUAUUUUAAUGAUUUGAUGCAGAAGUCUUUAUUUGAACAAAAUGGAGAAUUAGUCAAAUAUUCAUCUAUAACACCAUUAAUAUUUUAUACCAAAUUCAGUGAUAUAGCUAACAAUAAAGAAGAUAUAAAAGUUACAAAUUUAGAAUAUGAAAUGAGAGAAACAAGAAAACAAAACAAGACAAUCUUUAAAAGUUUACUUAGUAAGAUUUCAAAUCAAAAUGCACAUUUAGCUGAAACAUUAAGUAUGAAAUCCCUCAUGUUUGAAGUUAUGCCCUAUCUAAAUGAUAUUAUUUCUACAGAUUUAUUGAAAAUCAAAGACAUUGGUCUAAAGAAUCAUAUAAUCAAAGUAUUAUCUGAUUUAUUUAGACAAUAUCAAUUAACAUUAUUGCCAAUUGAAAAUGAAUACCCACAUUUACACCAGACUGCUAGUGUUUUAGGUAUAAAUCCUCCAUUUCAUAAAGUAGUUUUAUUUGAUGAACAACGAAAAAAGGAAAUUUAUAUAAAGAGACCGCAAAUCUUAGAGGUGUUAUUAGCCAAAUCAGAGGAGAUGAAAGUUAAAAAAAGACACUUAAAUCAAAUUCAACAAGAGAAAGCUGAUCUGGAAGAGAAUAAAUUAAAGAAUAAAAGAACUAAGAUGGCUGGUUCAAAUACAGUGGAUUUUUUUAAAAAUCAAUAUGACACAAUCAAUAGUCAGUUAGAAGAUCAUCGUGUCGAAUCGAAUAAUGCCUUUACUAAUACCAAAAUAGUAUCAGUCUCUUCUGUCAAUGAUAAUAUUGAAGUGUCUAGGAUAUGGGUGAGACAUAAAGCUGGAUUUUCCAAUGCAGUCAGAAAAAAUGUUACAUGGGAGAAUUUAUGGAAUUAA